UUGCAUGUUGGAAUCUUGUGACAAGUUGUGGUUGCGUCUCGAUCAUUUUCCCCAAGUAACUCAACACUUCGUCUCGGAACGUGCAAGAGACACCCAUACUUGCUUAAGAGUUCAUAACUGAAUUGAUCCAAGCACGUGCAAAGGGUUCGAAUUACCGUUUCUAAUCUACGAUGAUCGAAGAGCCGUCAUAGACACUACUGAGAGCGGUCGACAGGAUUUCAGUGUUGUUUUGAGUGGGAAAAAAUAAGGUCCUGUUGAGUUUUUUGCCGACUGUUCCUUCCUGAAGACAGCCCGGCUUAAUUUACCAUUGCUGCGUAAGGAAUGAGAUCGGAUGUAGCGUUUGGGCUUAUUUCUUGACGAUAUGCCCGAAAUCGGUCGGGAUAAUCACGGCCAGUACGAUAAAGGAGAUAGAAGGCUUUGUCAGGGCAGAUUGUGCUCGAGCAAAGUUCAAACGGAGAGGGAUUUUGCCGUUAAGGUUUGUCAUCAUGAAGACUGCCAAGAAACAAACUACGGAAAUCCUUUACUGUUGUGUUUGAGAUGUGACGAAGUCCACCAUCUUAGUGCUGGUUUCAAUCAUGCACGGUUCGAUGUACCGGAGAGGCCAAGUACAAAUAUUAUAAGGACGCUAUCAAGCCAUUCAGCAGGUUCAGAUUCAGGAAAUGAGGAGGAUGUUGAAUCUGAACAGAAAGUGGAAAAGAAGAACAGGGGGUAUUCCUCUGGAAAACGAAUGUUCAAAAUAAAUGUAGCGGCAAAGAAAAAACCAAGACGCCAUAAUACUGAAGACCCAGGAAGGGAAUUUUUCAGCAUUAAAUUUUUUGACAACAAAAGUGGAGAACUCCAGGUAGAAGUAGUGCCUGCUUUGAAAGGAAAGUCUUUGAGGGACUCUAUUGAACCUCUUUUUGAAGCACAAGAAUUUUUAUUUUCAACUCAUUCUGUCUUUCUGGACUCAUCUAACACCCCCUUACCACUAGCCUUUGACACCUUUCCGCUGGGUGGAAAUACUCUUCAUGUUAGAGCUAAUGAGGAUUUUGAAGGGGAUGAAAGAGUAAUCAAUAUCAUGAGGGACUCCUAUGCAGAGGACAAGAGCAACUCAGAUGAGACACCCACGCGGCCUAAAAGUUCAUCCUUCCUGACACGUUCUGGUUCUUUUACAACAAAAGGGAAAGACAAGAGCGUCAUUAGAAGGUUCGAUGAUGACAGAGAGAAGGAGAACUCAAAAGAUGACAAGUUACUACAACAAUUGAAUAAGAGUACCCAAAAGGGCAAAAAGAACAUGGAAUCUUUGUUUGGUAAAGAGUUUGGAGGGACCUUGCCUACUACACUGUCAAGUCCUGUUCUUCCUGGUGGAGGUGGCACUGUGCCAAGACCAAAGUCAGCUAGUAGUCGCUUGACUGAAAUGUUUAAGCCACCGAGACCCAGCAUUAAGGGAACUCUGAAAGACUCCUUGGAUCGAUAUUCCUUGUAUGGUUUGGAGGAUAGUUCUGAUUAUGACUCUGGGCUAAAGAAUGAAAUCGAAGAACAGAUUAAACUUGAAUCAUCAUGGACUGAAGUUGUAGAUGAAAGCCACAUCGGGGCUAUGACAAAGAAAGAGAAUGACCAACAAGAAGCUAUUUGGGAACUUUUGUCCACAGAGGCAGUGUAUAUAUCAAAACUCUAUGUAAUCAAAAAGCUGUUUCUCCAGUGCCUACGGAAUUUACAGAGUGAAGGAUUCCUAUUGGAGAUUGAUGCUUCUAAGUUGUUCAAUAAUGUGGAACAAAUAUAUGAGGUCAAUUUAGCAUUUUGGACAGAACACCUGAGCACAGUUGUUGAAUAUGCUAGGAAAACAAAGGAUCUGCUAAAUCCUCUGGAUAUGGAAGCUGGGUUCAAUAUGUUUGAGGCCCAGUUUGAUCCAUACAUAAAGUACUGCAUGGAGGAGUCUAAAUGUUUGAAAUACUACAAGGAAAAGCUUGUUGAGAAUGAAGAUUUCAAGACUUACAUCACUUGGUGUGAAGAUCACAGGUUUUGCACUGACCGACUUAAGUUAACUGACUUGCUGGUUUGGCCCAUGCAAAGAGUUACAAAGUAUCAUCUUCUAUUAAAAGCCAUUGGUAACAAAACCACUGAGGAAGAUGUAAAAGAAGUUCUCAACAGAAUGCGCAUGAAAGUAGAAACGUUUGUGAGUAAAGUUAAUGCUGCCAUGAAGGAGAGGCAUGAGUUGGAGAAACUCAAAACAACUGCGCAGAAGAUUCACAACAACUACAGUGUUGUAGAAGCUGUUAAUGAGGAGAUGGAAAAGAUUCUCCAAGAUUACAGCUCAUACGACCUUACCAGACCCAUGCCUGGUUUAACUGAUGAUCAACAUCGCAGUGUCAUUCAUGAGGGACAUCUGAGGCUUCUUGAAAAACAAGGAAAAAUGGAUGUAUAUGUUUUUCUCUUUACUGAUUUACUUCUCAUAACCAAAGCAAAGAAAGGUGAUAAAUUCAAAGUGAUCAAACCGCCUCUCCAAGUGGAUAAGUUGGUCACCCACAGGGAUCAAGGAGGAGCCUUCUUACUUAUUUAUGUGAAUGAGUACAACAUAGCUGUUCAAGCCUUUGCCCUCCAAGGGAGUUCAAGUGAUCAGACGCAGUGGAUGGAUGCAAUAAAGAAGGCCCAGAAAUUGUUCAUGGUUGCCAAAUUGGGGCAGGGAUCAAGUAAUUUACACCAUAUGCAAAAUCCCAGCGACAGUGACCUUGUAAGUCCCUCAGGCCUUGUUACACCCUCUGGACUCUCGCCAGCACUUCCUCGGUCUUCACGCCGCAGAUCAUCUGGCUCAUCAAUCAUGUCAGUGGAGUCUGAUUCAGAUGACGAGUUAGGAAUGAACUUUUCAACCUUAAAUUCUCGUGCACGUUCUGACUCUGCUUUGACCACAGCAAGUAGCACCCAUUCCUCAGAAGCAAGAGGUAAAGAGGUAGCAACUAAUCAUAAAGAUGGUGCAGCUUUACAACGACAGGAAGAAAUUCUUUCAGUUGAAGAUGAACAAUUGCUAGAGGGAGCAAUGGCAAUGUCGCGGUCUGAAUCGCUUGGAAAGAUCUCACGGUCUUCCUCUGCGCCUCCCAAGGAAAGACCACGUGUUGUGGAUUCCAGUUCCUUAUCAAGAUCUUCAUCAGCCCCACAAGGGCCCACAUCUGUGCGUGUAGCGAGUUUAAGGGAAGGCAUUAUCAUGAAGAGGAGGGCCACAGAGGAGCAAGAUGGAUCUGUCACAUCAUCGUCUGCAUCAUUAAAUGACUCGGCAGGUGAUUCAGAGGCUCAGUCACCAUUUGCAACUGCAGCUGCAGAUUUUCUAUUAGGUCCUCCAAAAAAUUAUCAACAAACUAAUGAAGUCAGAUCAGAGCCUCAGUCUCCAAUUCAGGAAGACUCUGGUGGAGAAUCACCCCGCUCUCCUACUGAGGAGAAUAAUACCCAAUCCCCUUCGUCUCCUGAAAAAGGAGUUUCAUCUUCUGUGUCUGAUAAUGACUGUGAAAGCAGUGAAUAUGUAGGAGAACAAGAGGAGGAUUCUGUUGAGGAACCUCUUGAGUCUGAAGGUGAUUUAUCACCAAAUAAAGACUGUAUCGUGGAUCUUUCAUUUCCACAGGUGGGUCAAAUGGAGGCUCAAGCCUUGCAAAACUUAUCAGACUCUUUGGAGGCAACUUAUAAAAGUAAUGGACCCUCCAAACAACCACCGCAGAUAAAAUCUCAACUUAUUGCUCAAGAUAAGAUCCAAUCUGCUAUUACGAUGACAGAACAACCGCGGAAGCGUAUAUCACUACCAAGGAGAUCAUCACCUGUGAUUUCAAGAAAGACGAGACCUGAGAACUUAGCAAAACAUCGUGAUAGAGAUGAUUAUGAUGUAAAUGGGAUCUUACAGAAAAUUCGAGAUGCUUCUUCUCCACCAGCCGCAGAAGCUACAAUGUCACAUCAAGAACGUGGGUACAAAGUUGGGAAACUUACUAAAAGGUCCUCUGAGUCUUCCAGACUUCCUGUUAAACCUGAUAAGGCACACUAUCCCACUAGUGUAGACCUAGAGGAAUCACAGUCGAAGGCUCACAGAAAGAAGGAAAAUUGUAUUUCAUUAUCGCGAACUAGAAAAAAGAGCAUGUCUCUUUCAGAUCUUCUCAGUAUAGGCAAAGACUUAACAAGUAAUCGAGAUAAAAGUAAAGAUAAAGAGGUGAACAAAGAUAAAUCGCACCCUAAAAAUUUGGAACCAACAAGUCCCCUGACUGAUGAGGAUGCCAUUUCACCUACUGCUGUUGGUGAACACCCAAAAGAUGAGAAGAGAUCUCGCUUUAGUCGACUCCGUAGGAAGUCUAGUCGAGGCAUAGGAGAACUGAAGGAUGGUAUUGCAUCUGGUCCUGAUAUUGAUCCUAAAAGAGCCUCAAGGCAUUUCUUUAAGGAGUCUCUCAUGUUGGAAUCCUCGUAGAAGUUGUAGUCCUGAAAUGCAUCAAGGCUUGCGGUCGGCAGGGAGUAUGUGUAAAGAUUGCUGUGAAGAAAAAUGCAAAUAACUAAUUUAAAUUAAAAAAAUGCAUUACCAAGGACAAUAUUCCAUGAGGAUGAACAUGCAUUAAUACUUUUACAUGAAAAGUUUUUUAUUUAUAAGUUGUUUUUGUCAUGCUCAUUUGUGAAUUUUAACAAGAAAAUUAGCUCUAAAGUAAGAAACUUUCUUGGGUGCUCAAAGAUCAGUGCUGUAUGUGAUCUGAACUUAAUUCCAUGUUUCUUGGUCAGAGAAGUUUCCUUUGGAUGUGAACAUUUUGAAUUUUUGUCUUCUGACUUGGGUUUGAGGCAAAUGCACUGAGUUGGCUCGUUGUAAAGGGCAUGACUUAGAAGAGCAAGUGAUGCCCAGUGAAGAAUAAGGAUUUGGUUGAUUGGAUAAUUUGCAAGCUGGAAUUCUUUCUAUGUUUGGUGAACGUGGCAUGUUGUUCCACUUCUCAUGGAGUGAAUUGUGGGUUUAGUUCCUGGUUGGAUUUUUUCCCCUGUCUGGUAAUAAAAAAGAUCAGGAAAGGUGAAUGGUUUGUCUUUUGCGAGGCAGUUGUGGUUGUAAAAACCAGUUAGAACUGUGUUCCUUGCCUGGAGAGAGGGUUGACCAGAAUGGUCAACUGAUGGGUUUUAAGGGUGCAAUACAUGUUUGUUUAGGGGCAUUGGGGUGCUGUUGUUCAAACCACAAGUUGCAAAGUCUCGAGAAGUUCCAUAUUCUAUCUUUGAGUGUUAAGUGUUAGCAAUUUUUAGUACUUAAAUGUAAGGUUUCAGUUGGUAAGCUUACCUUUUGAGCACCCUGUUUGAUCUCUGAUUUUAGUCAAGUUUCUCUCGUUUUAUCUUUUAAAAAAAUCUAAAUAGGCAUACUUUUUUCAAUCUUGACUUGGCUGUGUGAAGACCAUACGCGUUUUAUUGAAUGUAAACAAAGUUGUACAUAGUGGUUGUAAAUUUGUAGCUAUUUGGUGAAAUUUUCACUGAAAACCAGUUUGAAGAAGAAAGGGGAUUUUUUUCAUUGUAUUUAUUGAAUUUUUUUUUUUAGAAUUAUAAAUGCGAACUGAGUGCACACAAUG